AUGGACGAUGUAAUUCCAGUUGUGGUUAUAGACAACGGAUCUGGAUACAUUAAGGCAGGUAUCUCAGGAGAUGAUGCUCCAAGAGCUACUAUACAAACUGUAUUGGGAAAACCCAAGCAACCUGGUUAAAUGGUUGGCAUGGAUCAGAAGGACACCUACAUUGGAGAUGAGGUCAAUUCUAAAUUAGAAGUAUUGAAUGUAACUUACCCCAUUGAUCAUGGAAUUAUUACUCGUUGGGAUGACAUGGAAAAGAUAUGGCAUCAUGCUUAUUACAAUGAAUUAAGAGUUUCACCUCAAGAUCACCCUGUUUUAAUGUCAGAACCGCCUCUCAAUCCAGCCGCGAACAGAGAAAAAAUGAUGGAAAUUAUGUUUGAAAAGUUCAAUGUUCCAUCCUUUUAUUUGGCAAUUCAAUAAGUUUUAGCAUUAUGUGCAUCUGGCAAAACAACUGGAUUAGUAGUGGAUUCUGGAGAUGCUGUUACAGAGACAGUUCCAAUUUACGAAGGCUUUGCAUUAUCACAUGCAGUGAUGAAGAUUCAUCUGGCUGGUAGAGAUUUAACUGAUUACUUAAUAAAGUUGAUGGCAGAACAAGGCAAGGAAUUCUCAAAUCAAAAGGAAACUGAAAGAGAAAAUGCCAAAGAUACUAAGGAAAAAAAAUGCUAUAUUGUAGGAGAUUUCGAGGCUGAAAUGAAAAUAUACUAAGAUUCUGGAAAGGAGAUAGUCCACAGAAUGCCAGAUGGAAAUGAUAUUACUUUAGGAAGUCAACUUUUCAAAUGCCCUGAAGCAUUAUUUUAGCCAAUCAAAUUAAGCAAAGAAUUUUAAGGAAUUCAUGAACUUACCUUCUAAUCCAUCAUGAAAUGUGAUGUUGAUAUUAAAAAAGAUCUUUAUGGCAAUAUUGUCUUAGCUGGAGGUAGCACUAUGUUUAAAGGAAUGAAGGAUAGAUUAUAAAAAGAAGUCAUUGCAUUAGCCCCUUCGACUAUGAAAAUUUAUGUGUAGGAGCCUCCCGAAAGAAAAUACUCAGUUUGGAUGGGUGGAAGUAUUUUGGCUUCUUUAAGUUAAUUCCAACCCAUGUUUAUUACUAAAAAUGAGUAUCAAGAUUAUGGUACUGGUUAUGUGCACAGAAAAUGUUUCUGA